GUUCACCUAUGGCAGCACACCCUACAUGAUAUUCAGCUGGGCCGAAGCGUCAGCGGACUCUCAUUAGCGAGACACAGCUGAUAUUGUUCAUUUAGUGGGUUGUGUGUGAGUUUUUGAGAAGUCUGUGUGUGAGAUAUAUUUGUGUAUGUGUGUGUGUGCUCCUCAGGAAUAAAGGGUUGGCUGUGCUGCAGCUUCUCUUGUUACAGUGGAAAACCCUAAAGCCAGCCACACCAGAUGAGUCAGCAGUAGAAGAGGAGCGGUAGAAGGAUUUGUGAUGGAUCUUUGUAGUGUCCUGUUUGCAGUGAGGCUGCAGAGGCAGGUGUUAACUUUGUGCUUUUUAUGCAACUUUAAAAUUCUGUCCUGUGUGUGUGUGUGUGUGUGUGUGUGUGUGUGUGUGUGUGUGUGUGUGUGUGUGUGUGUGCGCGUGUGUGUGUGUGUGUGUGUGUGUGUGUGUGUGUGUGUGUGUGUGUGUGUGUGUGUGCGUAAGUGCGUGCAUGUGUGUGUGUGUGUGUGUGCGUAAGUGCGUGCAUGUGUGUGUGUGUGCACAGUCCACAGAGGAGAUGGUGAAAAGCUUCUGGUUCACUCAGAAGAUGACAACACAAAGGGAUGUGUGCUUUCAUAAACAAUUAUACAUAUGGUCAAAGGAAGACUUAGCACUAAGCAGGAAUGGGUGAAUACGAGGGAGUGUUUAAUGUCUGAGAUAAAAUUUUUAGAUUCAACAUUGAUUUACAAACUAAAACUUCUUUGUAGGCCAUCAGACAGAGCUGCAGUUUAUGGGUUAACCACUAGAGGGCUCUCUGUCCUCUUAAAUAUUGAAAGCUACUGUAUGUGGUUAAAGCUAAAGCAUAACAUUGGCUCCAGUUUCCCUGAUCCAGAUGAGAUAUCCUAUAUGGUCCUCUUUCAUCAAGGUUUCUGAAUUGAUUAGUCUGACCCUGUUCUGAGGCCUGUAAGCCGUGGAAGACUCUGGCUGGUACUGAACCCCCAAGAUGGCCCUCGUAGGGAAUCACUGAGUGGUUCUUGACUAGAUAAAGUGGAAUGCAAAUCUCCACUACGGUCACAAGAUUUGGAUUGUGACUUGAAUGGCUGGAAUGUCCUUUAUUUAGAAAGACAGAGAUUAGAGCCUCAGAGAUGAUCUGAGAAACUUCCGUCAACCAAGGGAAGCCCAGCGAAGAGCUGCUGCUUCUCGUCAACAAAGGAAACAGAUGAGGUGGCACAGGCAUCUGAUUAGAAUACCUCCUUGUCACCUCCCUCUGAAGGUUUUUCAGACAUGUCCCAUACCAACGGGGAUUGGACAGGAGAGCGUUGAGAGGGAUGUCAGGAUUUACUUCUUGAUCUCUGCAACCCAACAUUGGAUUAUCAUAAGAAAACAUGGUAAAACACUGUAAAGUUUCUCAGAGACAUACAGGUUUAAAGUACUACCUCAGAGAAAAGCACAUAGCCUAAAAAUGACCAUAAUGAUGACCACAGUGUCAAUUAGAAGUCUGUAAAGCUAAAUCUUCAAAUAAAAGUUCUUUAAAACCUUAAAUAACCUCAAACAGCAGUUGUUUCCUGUUUCAAAAUGGCUUUUAACAGACAACCUCUCUCAGACUCCCUCUUGUGGUGUUUGAUCAAAUCUCAGGGCUACAAAUGAGCUUGUGUAAGGCUGAUCAUGACGAGGCUUGGUUAAUGAAAUUACAAACAAUAGCCUCAUAAAUCCCUGGCUGUUAUGUAAUCAGAUACCUGCAAUUCCCUUGUGGGAUGUUAUAAGAAACUAACGCAAUUAAGAUUGAAAAAAUGAGGUUAUGAGGCUUUCAUUCUACACUCUGCAAAAGUGCUGGCUUCAAAAGCUGACAAGUGAAGAAUUCUAGAGUAACAGGAACAGUUUAACGCAGAGUACUACCCCCGUGGGUCGUAGGAAGUUCAUGAUUGCUUUCUAUAUCUAGUGAAUUAAACAACCCAACUCCAGGUUUAAGUGCUUACCCUGGGGUUAAUGUAUCUAAUCUAUGAGAGACAAAUGGAGAGGCCAAGAUUAGCUGAUGGAUGGUCUAAAACUAUUAUUAGCCUUGAUGAGCUCAAAAGAAAGAGGGAGCCAGACAAUGAGGGGCUGAGAUAAAUGGAAGGGUACAGAAUGGUUGGGCUCAUUUCUGAUCUGCCCUCCCUCUGCAGUGAGUGCUGCUCUUUCUGCAGUCUCCGGUAAGGUCCCUUCAGAAGUUUAAUUUGGAAACUUUCUAGAUUAGGAUUAGCUUUAGUGUUCAUCAAUACAACAACAGAGGUCAUUAGUUAGCUUUUGUAAAUUCGGCGACUUUCAGUCAGGUUUGCUUUGAUAUGUGGUGAUAUUAACUUAAAUCUUGUCAUGCAGCGUAACUUUGCUUUUUUUAUUGUUCUAAUCGAAUAUCAGACUUUCAGCAGGUUGAAUUGGGUUCAUUCUGCACCAAUAACUGUAUCUGUUCCGAUUUGAGGCCUAUGCAAAUUUUCCAAAGCAGCUGGGGUCGUUUUCUUUGCAUCGGCAAGUCGACUUCCCCGCAGAACCCCACAGGAAUUUCUGAGUAACUCUUGCUCAAUCCCCAAAUGAUGCUGGGCAGCGCCAGAGCUCACACAACCUCCACAGCUGUCUGGUCUAUUUGGGGACACAGGGCGCUCCAAAUUCCUCCCACACAGAUAAUCUUGGGGAGUAUAAUGGGGAUGAAGGAUGGAAGAGACGAGUGCGGAAUGGCUCUCGUUCUGGAAUUUUCCAAAUCCAGUGCAGAUUAGCGUGGAACGACAGAAUAUGAGGAGGUUUGGUGUGUUGCCAUUUACAAUUCAGUAAUGAAACUGAAAGAGGGAUGAUGAGAUAAGGUCAGAUGGGGUGAGAGCUGUUUAGUGCUUGAUAAAGAAGAGAGGGGGGUCAGACAUGGGGGUCAAGGUAAGGUGAUAAAAUAAAUAUCACGAUUACAGAUUUGUUAAAUAAAUACCCAUUUUGACUUGCGUGAGCUACUUUUCCUGUUUCACUUAUUAUUAUUUUUUAUGCAUUCAUGCUUUAAUCAUCCUCCUGGAGGAUUUUGAUGAACCAUUUUACUUUAUUUCCCUCUUAACUUACUCUUCUUGUGUAAUACUCAGGAAUAUCAAAACCUUUCUAUAGUUUUUUUGUUUCUGUUAGAGAGAGAGAGAAAGAGAGAGAGAAAGAGAGAGAGAGAGAGAGAGAGAGAGAGAGAGAGAGAGAGAGAGAGAGAGAGAUAUUAAUCUCUCCUGUAUCUCUUCCAGUAGGACCUCUUCAGCAGGAUGCCUGAGCAUUUGUGAGUGGCCAGACGUUGUUUUCUAAUAAUAGAUCAUUUAGUCAUUCAAAAGCAGAUCUGCUCAUAUUUGGUCUUUUUGAUUUAAUGAUGUCCCUUCCUUCUCCUUCAGCCCAGAGAAGAAACCAAAGAUCUCAGCUUCAAGGAAGCUGAUGCUGAAGAGUCUGAUGGUAGCAAAGGCAAAGGAGGAACUGGAGCAAGAGAUUCUUCUAAAAGAGGAGGAGAAACAGAAAUAUCUUGCAGAGAAAUCUCCGUCUCUGAACAUCAGCGGCCUCAGCCUCGCUCAACUCCAGGAUCUCUGCAGGGAACUCCACUCCAAGAUAGACGUGGUUGAUGAGGAGCGAUAUGACAUUGAAGCCAAAGUCAUGCUCAACACACGUGAGAUUAAAGACCUCAACAUCAAGGUGCUGGACCUCAGGGGGAAAUUCAAGAGGCCUAAUCUUCGGCGCGUUCGUGUGUCAGCUGAUGCCAUCCUUCGCUCGCUGCUGGGCUCCAAGCACAAAGUCUCCAUGGACCUCCGAGCUAAUCUCAAGUCUGUCAAGAAAGAAGAUACGGAGAAGAAGAGGCCAGUGGAGGACAGCGACUGGAGGAAGAACGUGGAGGCCAUGUCAGGAAUGGAAGGAAGGAAGAAGAUGUUUGAUGCUGCCAAAGGUUCUGCUCAGUGAAAAAAAAACAUUUUCUUCCCACUUUUCUUUCAGAUUCUGUUUCUAUUUCAUGGAGAAUCAUAGGUUUUGAGCCUGUCAUAAAGUAAAACACAAUAUUUUCAUUACUUUGUGUGUAAACAAAGUGAAAUGAUCUGGAUUCUCUCCUAGAUGUGGCGUCUCAGUUAAAGAUGAUGUAAUCAUUUUAAAUCGUAUUUGUGCAAUGAAAUGUCCAGUUAAUUUUUUAAAAUGUUCAUCUUGAAACUUGGACAGUCUUCUAUCAUGAUUAACCCUGUCAUGCAUAGUGGUCGCUAGUGGGCAGCUUACUUUGGUAUCACUUGUAAGUCGCUUUGGACAAAAGUGUCUGCUAAAUACAUAAACAUAUAAAAAUAUUUUUUAUCUGUCAUAUUCAUGUUUCAGUCAAAAUGCAAGUUUGAAAUCACGUAUGUUGCUGCACAAUGAAGGAAAUGUCAAAACUGAUGUUUGUUUUUAAAACCAAUUGAGUUAUGAAUUUGUUUGUUUAUUAUGAAAAGCUCCACAGUGCAAAUAAAGCAAAACAAAUGUCCAGGUUA